AUGGUGUUUGACAGCAUGUUCCACCACGGGCAAUGGGAGGACCAUCCCAUCACGGAUGUGGCACCUGUCAGACACUGGAAUCUCAGACAUAGCCAUACCCAGGACGCUGGACAUGCGGUGCAUGCGCCAGAUGUGAUCACGCCAAUUAGGCCACGGCACCUUCGUGGCCAGGAAGGGCCAUGGUUUCUUGCACCCAAGGGCACACCAGAGGCUACGUUGGUGAAGCUCAGGGAACCUCUGCAGCCAGAAAGAUCACUGGAGGACCGACCAAUCCUCACAUCUGCAGUGCAGCAAAGACCUGAGGCGCAGAUGGCAGGCUCCGUCACUGGCGGGACACCACAGCAGGUUUACGACUUGCAUAGUCAUUUGGAGCAUCCGUUAGCUCAAGGUUCCUGGCAACAGGAGCUGCCAGAGUGUGCUUUGGGACCACACAGCCUGAGGCAUACAAUUUCCUACUCCAAUUUGAAUGGCCAGGAACAAAUUCAAGAGACAGAAGUGACCUGCUCUGGAGAUGACUGCGAAACAACCACAAGUAAUGUUUUGCCUCAGAUCAUUCGGGUGCGAGAGCCGAAGGCAAAGCGGAUGUGCUCAGGCUCUCCGGGCCUCAUUUGGGAUGGCUUGGACACUGUCGUGCACAGAGUCACCAACUCAGCCAGACGAGUUCUGGGCUAUGCACCAGUGGAGACGGAGAAGACACCGCAUGAGAAUCUUCAGCCACUUGCUUUGAGAAGUGAAGGAGUGAUGAAGAUGUACACUUAUUCCAACAACAAUGGUCAAGAGGAGAUGAAGGAGGUGCAAUCCCACUGUAAGGAUGGCACCUGCGUCCAAAGGAGCCGCAUCUUUGCACCAAGUUCAGUGAAGGAGCACCUACAGCAUGACGCCAAGGAGAUUCGCCCACAAGCAGCGCAGGCUUACCAAGCCUAG